UUCCCCUGGCGUUUUAUUAUUGUGGAUAUUUCAUGCUUGUGGAAACUGGUGGGAAAUGCUGGGCGGUUAGCGUCUUGCUCCGGAUUCCUCCCUUUUUGCACGAAUGUGGGACAAAUUUUGUCUGAGGCGGGCUCUGCAGCUGACUUAAAUUAUCGCCUGUAUGUGUAAGAGUGAUCAGCUCAUAACAAUGGCAGGGAGAUGGGCACACAGGUCCAUGUCUACACCCUUCCUGGAAUGUUAUUUUGUAUGUCCACAUGUCUAGAUACGUGAGUGUGUGCAGCCUUAUGCUGACUUAGCAUGAAUUCCUGCUUCCUUCUGCAGCGUGCCUGUAUGUGAGCUGGGGAGCCCUGCUUUGAAAAAGACCCACUGGAGUGCCUUAUGCAUGCGUGUGCUCACGCGCAUGUGUGAUCUUUCUAGAGUGAUGUCAACCUGCCUUCUGUUGUGAACACAUUUGAUUGUGGUCCUUGUUUACAAAAGUGGACUGUGUGCGUGUGUACAUUUUGGAGCACAUCUGUCUCCCGUAGGAGGGAACCUUUUAUGAGUUGUUUUCUGUCUUGACUGCCAAUACGGAGCACCGAACGGACACAGAGGUGAAUCUUUACAGCUUCCUCAAUUUCCUUGCUCCUUAAUUUCUUUCUGCCCCUCUCUCCGUCUCUGUCCCCACCUUUUGCCAAGCUCACUUGGGUUUGCCUAAUCCCUGUGUCUCUUGAUGCAGGUUGUCUCCUACUUUUUGUACCACGUGGUAUUCCUCACCAACUUUCCUGCCUCUCCACCCUUGGAAGAGGCUGCCCGAGCGUGGAAAUGGUGUAGAUUGCUUCUGAGUUGCUCCUGAUGAGCCCGUCUGGGCCCUAGCGAGAAAAACCCCGGGACCCACUCUCCUGUCUGAUGCCACAGAUGCUUGUAGACACAGAAUUCCACAACCUCCCUUCACUGAUGGCCUCCUAACACCAAGAACAGCUCAAGAAGUGAAGCUGAGGACCUUGGGAGUCUCUCGCCCACCAUUAAUGCAGCAUCACCGUCCCUUCAUGGCCAGCUGCAGUUGGGGACCCACCUUCAGGCUCCCUUCUGUCCACAAGUCACCACUGAGUUGUCCUGUGGCAACUCUGUGAUCCAGGCCACCAUAGGCUUCUCAACCAAAGACGUCCAGGCCUGUACGUUUUCCAUCCUUCUGUCCAACCUGUGCCAUGAGCUGUGGAACAUCUUGUGAAACCGAAACAAGCGACUGAAUGGUUGUCUCCUGCUGCCGAAGAACUGGAAGAAUCAUGAAAAUGAAGUUCUUCUAGGAACUAGCAUGCUUGGUGCUAGCCAGAGAAAUACAAACUCCCUUUUGCUAGGGAGCUCUUGUAUGCCUACAGUCAAAGAGGAACCUGAAUCAUCUGUAGGUCCACCAGACUCUUCUUCAGAUGACAGAAACUCAGGCCUUCUGGUAUUCCGGUUGUCCAACAGCUCUUCAAACACUAUGGACCUCUAACUAGAGAACACUGAGUCUUGAUCAGCUUGUAAUUCUGUCAGAUAACUCCUGAACUCUCGCUUCACUCGUAGUUGGAAGACUCUUUGGGGUUCUUAUAAACUAGGAAGAGCCGUGAUCUGUACUCAGAUGAGUCCACAGGACUGUUCACAGACAGAAAAAGGGUUCUUUUAAAAAUUGCUUUUUGCACUUUCAUGCCGGUGACUUUUGUAAACUUUAAUAUAAUCAUAACUCUACCGUGUGCUCAUUACCGCUAAUAUUGGCCUCGCCCUACGGCUAGUUUCUUUCUGUUUCAGCAAACGGAGAACUCAGUGGCUCUGCCAACAAGUCUUCUGUUUGCUUGUUGGUCCUUCUCUGUUUACUGCCCCAAGAAAGCAAAAGGAGGCGGCAUUAGCAAAGUUUGAACCGCAGUUCUGCCACACUAACUGGAGGCCUCCCAGCCAGAGAAGGCUGCCAGAUGUCUGGCUGUCAAAAAGGAGACAUGAAGGGCUGAAUUUUGUCUGGGUGGAGCAAAACCAUGUAGAAGGAACUUAGACGCAGAGCAGAGAUGCGCAUGGGGACUCGGAGGUAACUGGAGCCCGACUGGCCGGGGAGAAACGUUACAUGAAUGUCCAACGGAGGCAGGUUCGAGUUUGACGAUGGAGGCUGCUAUGUGGGUGACUGGGAAGAGGGCCGGGCACAUGGCUACGGCGUGUGCACAGGCCCCGGAGCCCAGGGGGAGUACAGCGGGCGCUGGAGCCGUGGUUUUGAGUCUCUGGGCGUCUAUACCUGGCCCAGCGGGAACACCUACCAGGGCUACUGGAGCCAGGGCAAACGCAGCGGUCUGGGCACAGAGAGCAAAAGCAAGUGGAGUUAUAAGGGCGAGUGGUGCCAUGGGCUGAAGGGGCACCUGGGCGUCUGGGAAAGCCACUCGGGAGUCAUCUAUGAAGGCGUGUGGCGUGAAGGUCUACAGGAUGGAUACGGCAUGGAAACGUACGCUGAUGGAGGUACUUACCAGGGCCAGUGGCAGUCUGGCAAGCGUCAUGGAUAUGGAGUGCGCCAGAGUGUCCCAUACCGUCAAGCCACCCUGGUGCGCUCCCCACACCGGACCUCCUUGGAAUCUCUCCACAGUGAGGCAGAUCCUAAUGCCCCUGUUGUACCACUCCCUCCUCCUUCUCUGCCUCCUCCGCCACUCCCUGGGGACAGCCCUGCCUCAGGAUCCAGGGGUGGUUUUGUCUUAGCUUUUCCUGGAGACCCAGAUUUCCCCAAGGGGGCCAAGAAGAAAAGUGGGGGGUUCUUUCGGCGUUCCCUGCUCCUGAGUGGGCUAAGAGUACGGAGGGCUGAAUCUAAAGCCUCCCUGGGCAGCAAGCGAGGGUCCCUCAAGAGCGAGGCAGGGGUAAGUUCAGCAGGAAGCGAGGCCACCACGCUCAGCUAUGCCGAGACCGAACCUCCUGAGCUGCCUUCAACUCUGACCAUUGAAGGUUCUUCCACUGAGGUCUACGCGGGAGAAUGGCGGGCGGACCGGCGCAGUGGCUACGGGGUGAGUCGCCGCUCCAACGGGCUGCGGUACGAGGGCGAGUGGUUGGGUAACCGACGACAUGGGUACGGGCGCACUACCUACCCCGACGGCUCCAAAGAAGAGGGGAAGUACAAGCUCAACCGUUUGGUGAGUGGUAAGGUGAAGAACCUCAUCCCGCUUCGCCGGAGCAAAGUCAAAGAGAAAGUGGACCGAGCUGUAGAAGUGGCCAGAAGGGCGGUCAGCAUGGCCCGUCAGAAGCAAGAACUCGCCAUAGCCAGGUAAGAGGAAAGAGGGGUUAUGGAAGGGGGAGUUGGGGGGACGGCCCUGGAGGUGGGAAGAAGGCAGCACAAUCCUGCAAACUCUUUCACUAAUGGUCUCGUUCAAGAGAUGACAGGGGAGAAGGUUGACUUGCAAUGAAGAAGGAGUCUUCAGAAUGCGAGCGGAAGGGAGGGUGACUCAAUUUGUGAGAGGUCCCCAAAACGAAGAGGCUCAUUGAAGCCUGUGAACGUAAGAAGAUGUAUGCAAAUUUGAACGGGGCCCUGGCCUCGAACUGAAACAAACUUCAAGUUGAAGAUCUUGGAGAAGGAUGAAGGGGCGUCAAGCAGCUACUGAACAGGAGUGAAGUUGCUGGGGCAUAUUUAGGUGGUACACCAAGGACUGUGUUGUGAGCUAGGAAUGAGGGCCUUGCUUUAAAUUAAGACCUACCUGGCCUUUGCAGCCAAUCAACCUUUUUUUUAACCCCUUUUUUCCAAAUUCCUUUUCUCCGCUGAGAAACCAGCCUGCUGUCUUGGAAAGCCUAUCUAGACCAGCCUCCUUCAGUCUGGAUUUUUUCUGAUAUUGUAGGAGGAGAGAUCAAAAUUGUCUCGAGGAGCCAAAAAUUAGAAGGAGUCUGGGAGUGUGUCUUCCAAGGAACCAAUUUUAUUCCAAAAUAAAAUAUUUAUUGGAAUGAAAUUGGUUCCUCGGAAAACGUGCUCCAGUGGCUCAAGAUGAUAAUUCCUCCCUCCCAGGCAGGAAGCCAUUUUAAAAGAGGCUCCCUUUCCUGCAUUCUGGGGUCCAGGCAGAUUUGGGGGCAUCUGCCUUAAAAUCCAUCAUUAGCGGGCCUCCCAGAUGGAAAAUUCAUUAUAAAAAUAAUGUGUGGCUGGUGGGAAAAGAUGAAAAGGGCUGACCUUGUUGGUGUGUGUGUGUGUGUGUGUGUGUGUGUGUUUCCUAUUUGAAAGGUAUUAGGAGUAGACUUUGGCUCCAGCCUCCAAGAUGAAGGAAAACAAAAUGAAUUGAUGCAAUUUUCUAAAGCUGGCUGCCAGUUUUUUUCUCUCGCCUUUUUUCCACCUCUAUCCAUCUUUCUUUUCCGUCCUCCUGCUC